AUGUCUUCUAGCAAAGAAGCAGAGCAUAUCGCCAACCAGGCUCAGCUUCAACAACCUCCAGCUCCUGCAUACAGCGAAGCUGGUCCCUCAUCACAAGCUGGUCCCCAAUCGAAUGACAAAGUUCCCACUGCAGAGAACCCCUUCAACUUUCCUGAAUCUUCUCUUCCCACAUAUUCUGAAGUCUCAACAAGCAAGGAAGCUCCCAUCGCCAUCCCUCAAGAGUCACCUUCUCAAACAUCCCCAUUUCUCAAAGCUUAUGCGCCAGCACUUCUUGGCCAUGGUAUUACUCAAGAAGCUUGGUCUGCGUUUCUGGAUACUAUCUCGGCUUUCAUGACUGCCAAAGUCGGCGAAAAGGCUAUUAAUCAUGCUGGAGACGUGGCCAAGACCAUGGGUCAGCAACCAGUGUCGUAUGUCAAGGGAGUCGGAAAUCAUGCCAAAAGCGUUGGAAAGAACAUAGUUGCGAAUGCAAAGAAGGGAAACAUCCUUGGCGCAGCAUUUGGAGUUGUCGGUGGUGCUAUAUCCAUCCCUGUGGGCGCCGCCUUUGGUGCAGUAGGAACUAUUGUUGGACUACCUGGACGCACAAUCGCAGCGGCUGUAAAGAAGCCCAAGACACCUGCUGAAAGAGCUGUCGCGUAUGUCGCUGUUGCGAACCAUGACUGGUUGAACAAGAGGGGUCUUCAUGCUACUCUGGUCAAUACUGAGCAGCUUUCAGAGGUUGUCGGGGUCUCUGUCAAGGCCUUAUUGGAAGCUUCAGCGGAAGGAAAUAAGAGUGCUGGACCUUUGGGACCUAUGAGUGCUUUGAGUGAGCAUAUCGCUCAUCUUGAGGUGAAAGGACCUGGUGUUGUCGAUAUUGGAACGGAAACAUGGUGGUUGACUGUGGUUCAGAUUGAGACUGCUUCAUGA